AUGGUAUUAUUAGAUAAAAACUUAAAGAGAGAGGAACGUUUAUUACGUGCAAUUUGCAUGGAAAAUAUAGAGGCAGAGACUAAAAUAAUUGGAUUUAAAAAAGUACUUUCAUUGAUUGAAGAAAACUAAAAGAAUAAAGCAGAAAAUAUCUAAAGUUUAAUUAAAGUUGAUGUGGAUUUGGUCGAAUAAUUUGUGAAUGAGCUGCGUAAAUUACAGUAAAAAACUAUAUAAUAAUUUGAUGAGUUAAUAGCUAAUUCGACAGAGUGGAUAAAUAAUCUUAAUCUUUUUGGAUAAAGGGACUUAAAAUAUAAUUUCUACGAUGAAUUAGAUGUGAUAAUUGAAAAUAAAAUGCAGAACUCAUUUAAUAAAGAUUCUAUUAUAGAUUAGAUAAAAUCACUUAAUAAUUCAUUUUCAAAUAAAAUAAGUUCCUCAAUAUCAGUUCUCAGAAACGAAAAAUUAUAUUCCUAAUGUGAAAAAAUAUUGAUCAAUUUGAAUCUAAUCCAUCAUAUGAAAUUAAUUGAUAAUUCAAUUAAAGAAAAAGAAGGUUGUUAUGCAAUGGCUUUUAAUUAAUCUGGAUCACUAAUGAUUUCAGCUUCUAAUAAUAUCAUUAAACUAUGAAGCUUUGAUUUAGGAAAGCUAAAUGAAAUCAGUAAAUUUAAUGGACAUACUAAGACAAUAUGUUGCCUAUAAUUUAGUAAGAAUAGCAAUAGUUUCUUAUCAGCAGGUUUUGAUAAUUCAAUAAGAUGUUGGAAAUAGAUUAAUAAAAAAGAAUUGAAGAGUUCCUUGCCCUAUACCGAACAUACUGAUUGUAUAGAUUGCUUAAUAAUUGAUCAAGUUGAAAAUUAACUUGUAUCAGGAGGACGAGAUAAUUCAAUGAAAAUUUGGAAAAUAAAUUUUACGGAUAACCAAUUAACUUAUCGAUAUUCAUUAAAUAAACAUACACAUAAUGUCUAUAGUUUAUGCUUUAAUGAAUCGGAAGAUACUUUGAUUUCUUGUGGUAGUGAUAAAUAAAUAAUUAUAUGGAAGAAAGACAGUCACCAAAUAUGGUAAUUUGGAUGCGUAGUUACAAUUGAUUGA